AUGAUAUUCAACCUUCACCUCAUCACCUACCUGAUCGGUCUAUCCUUCCUUUACGGGACGUGUCAUGCUCAAGGCCAAGCAGGCUUACCCACAGGUGGAUCUGACAAUACGACUAACGAUCGAAACUCAAAUGGUAAAUUGGAAAGUAUCGACUUGAAAGUCCACCUUCCUUCAUUAACUAAAAUCGCUGUCGAUAUCAACAACCCCAAGAGCGAUAUAUCGGGUCUUAUGGUAUUUACUCGAAGUUUCAAGUUCGAUGAGAGCUCAGGGAUAUUGAACGAAUGGGCUCAAAAGGAAGUUUGGUGGAAGGUUUAUGAUCCCACGGCUAAAGAGGGGGAAAUGGAUGAUGAGAAGGAUUUGAGGUUUGUUAUGAAUUGUAUAGUUCAAGGAUCCUCAGAUAGCGAUACCGAUCAACACACUUUCACAGAGUAUGAACCUGAGAAUGAGGAUGAAAGUGGGGAUGGGGAUGGGGAUGAGAAAGAAUGGUAUAAGAAGUUGUCGGACAGAUGA